CACAUGCUGCGCGACGCAGUGCUGUGUCGGGGUAGCUCGCCCUUAUAGGCGUGUUCGUCUAGAGUGUUUCUCGAAGUACCUCGUGUGCGCGAUGACUCUGGGACUCUGGUGCCUCGCCUUGGAAAGCGGAGGAGUCGGAGGUUUAUGCAAGCCCAUCCCGGGGCCUUUGAUCGGUGCACACUUGCUACAGAAGAGGUACUGGGUUCUGUGUAACUUUUAUGUUAGACACGCAGCUGGCAGUGUGACACAGAAGAGUAAGCGCUCCAUUGAGACAUUGCAGAGAAAGCAUUCCAAGUGGCAGCACAUUGGGCUUGAAAUAAACAAAGACAAAAAGUUGGUUGAGAUGAUGUACGAUGGAAGCAUGUGGAAGUGUCCUGUAUCUGUUGAUUACGAGGAUGCUCGUCUCUGGAGUCGACAAGGGUUAAUAUUACUGACUCAGGAACGCCCCGUCGCCCCAGCAAACUCUGGAUCAGUUUACGGAUUAGUGAUGCACACAACCUUCUCACAAUGCAUGAAUUGUGCUAACCUAGGUACUUAUAUACACGUGUGGUCACAGCCAUGCCUGGCAAUAAUAAACGGUAUAUUAAGCAGUGCAUAUCAGUUGAGCAGGAGGCUGCGGGCGGCUCUUCGCCUCUGACGAAAUAGUGGUAUCUUCGAUGGGAAUACCUUAUAUCGUGAGACU